AUGGGACCUCAGGACUCUGUCGGAGCUGAACCCGCCCGCACUGAGCCACCGGGAAUGUGGGCACUCCAGUGGACCGUUUUCCUUCAGCUGAACCAUUCCUGUCGCCUCUCCCUCCACGACUCCUCAAGAAGCUCGGCCUGUUUUUCCCCAAGACAUCUUUCCUACCGUCGCUACGGAAACGUACCAUUUCUCCUAUCACAACACGAUAACUGUGUCAGCGGUGGAGAGAAUGUGAUGACCGCACGGGACACAGAUUGGCAGGGCCUGGGGCUACACUCCUCCAGCCCUGAAGAGAGGAGAAAGGUUAAUGAGGAGAGUGGACCAACUGAAAACCCCAAACAAUCCAGAGAAAAAGAAGAAGGCACAGUCGACGCAGAUGACAUGCACCCCAUGGUAGUGGCAGUGCCCCUUCUGAACGUGUAA